GUGAUAGGCUACUCGGAGGGAUGCGAGGAUGAGAGGAGGACAGACAAAAUAGGAAACCGGUGGAUGUCCGUGAAUAGCUCCCCAAAAGACUGAUAUGUCAUUGGUCCAAUGGGGUGUGACAAUGCAGGCGCAGAGGUUGGCCAGGUGAGAUCUAAGACUCGCCCACUGUGUGUCCUACUUCUCCUGCAGAGGAAGAGGCAUCUGUAUAAAAAAAAGACCCCAACAAUUCUGCUGAAGCAAAUCAUCUGAAGUGAUUUAAAGAAAAUGACGGAAAAUCAAGCAAAUGGGUGCUGGUAGUGAAUGCCUCGUCAAACCACCUCAACCUUCCCCUUGAGAGAGGAUUGGACCUCCUGCUGGUUCCUUGACAUCUGGCGGAUUCUUUUCAUAGAUCUCACGUAUUUGGUACAUUGCAAUCAACCCCGGGUCUCCUGCUGGCCCACCAACCCAUUAGACCAAAGGUCAGAGGGCAACAUCAGGGUUAGGGUUACGACAUCAGGCCUUACAAGUCUCAGUAAGGGAUAUCUCUCCAAAUCACCUCUGAAACACAGUCCCACCCCCGCGCUACCCCCGCUGAGAGGAGGAACCUGGUCUGUCUCUGUCCGAGAGGACCCAAGACCCAGAGUCCCACAGUUUGGGUCUCUCCCUCCUCUGUCUCUGUCUGAGGAGAACCGGGUCUGUCCCUCCCCUGCUUAGUAGGGGGAACAAGAGGAGGCACCAUGGGGUGUGGCGGCAGCAGGACCGAUGCUCUGGAGCCCAGGUACCUGGAUAGCUGGACCAAGGAGACAGAGUCUACCUGGCUGACCAGUACAGACAACGACAUCCCCCUCUCCUCAAUACAGAGUAUCGAUAUCCCUUCUGAGAACUCAUCUGAAAGCUUAGUCUCUGAGAAAAACAUCACCCCUGAUGCAGAUUUCUUUGAAGACGGCCUGCCCGCCCCAGCCCAGGCCUAUCUGAAGGUGUGCUCUGACAUGUCUGAAGCUGACCUGAACAAUGUAAAGCCGAGUGCCCACCCUGCAAUACUUCCCGCCCACCACCAGGAGGCGCUGCAGCCCUCACCUGUCACCACAGUACAGAGAAGGAGCGUCCUACUCACUGAGGAAAUAACUAAAUGGCAAGACAACAGGAUGUCCACUAAGCAGGUAACCAUCACAGUGACACAGAGCAUCAGACACGUGGACAAGAGUGGGAAGAUUAAGGAGAAGUCCCUCACCACCUUCGAGGUCAUGAAGCCAGUGGAGGGCCUGCAGGAUGUGACUGGAGGACGUUGUAGGAACAUUAGGGAAUGACGCUGAGGGGUACAGGACCAAGACGAUGACGCAAUGUGGUUUGGAAAGGCGAUGAACACUGUGAGAAAGACCGUAUCACUGAAUGGACUUUACUUUGAGGGGGAGAGAGACAAUGACAUGAUUAUAGAGAUAGAGGUUUGAAUCCGUGGCACAACUGGUCCGCUAUCUUGCCUGGGACCAGACCUGAUAAGCGAGAUAUCUCUAUGGACACUGGUCCGCCAUCUUGCCUGGGACCAGACCUGAUAAGCGAGAUAUCUCUAUGGACACCGCCAUCUUGCCUGGGACCAGACCUGAUAAGCGAGAUAUCUCUAUGGACACGACACCAAAUUAUGUUUGCACGACAUUUAUGAUGAGAGAGUUUGUGACUUUGUCUAAAGAAGAUGAAUGCUUUUAAUAAGCUGGGCUUUGGGACCAAGAUGUUUAUAUAUUGAAGACACAACAUAAACUAAUGUUCCUGAAUAGGAAACAUGUCUUGAAGUUAGCUAGUUUUGUAAUGUUACUGUAUAUGUUUAGUAUUUCUAUGGGCAAAUCGUUGGGCAGUGUUUGUUUGGUCUUGAUGGAUAAAAAAAACGUUUUUAGAUUACGACGUUUACAAGAAGGUACGUCUUCUAAUGAAUAGGCACUUUUUGUGAACAAAACUUUAUGAACUAGCUAGUGACUUUACGAACUUAAUGACUUGAUGAACAAGUGACUGAAUGGCUUAAGAGGUCAUGCUAUCAGAGAGACAAUCUAUUUUCAAACAGAUUUAUCUGUGAAGUGUGAUCAUUUAACCCCUUCCUCUAGUGCAGGGAUGGGCCUGCUUUUGAAGGCCCUCAGAUAAAUUCCCUCCCCUGAUCAGACAGUUUUAGACGGAAACACUGUGUAGCAGACGUUGGUGAAAUACAUAUUUUUUCAUCUUCAUUUAAUUUAUACAUAUUUAUUUCAAAUUCAAUUGAAACACAAUGAAGCUGUUGGCAAUGGCUUAGGAUUUCCUUGGUUUAAACAAUACACAAUGAAUCUGAUUGGUUAGAGAUAAGUUUAAACAAAACGCAAUUAAUCUGAUUGGUUACAGAUACGUUUUAACAAUAUACAAUUAAUCUGAUUGGUUACAGAUACGUUUAAACAAUACACAAUUGAUCUGAUUGGUCACAGAUACGUUUAAACGAUACACAAUUGAUCUGAUUGGUCACAGAUACGUUUAAACAAUACACAAUUGAUCUGAUUGGUCACAGAUACGUUUAAACAAUACACAAUUGAUCUGAUUGGUCACAGAUACGUUUAAACAAUACACAAUUGAUCUGAUUGGUCACAGAUACAUUUAAACAAUACACAAUUGAUCUGAUUGGUUACAGAUACAUUUAAACAAUACACAAUUGAUCUGAUUGGUUACAGAUACGUUUAAACAAUACACAAUUGAUCUGAUUGGUCACAGAUACAUUUAAACAAUACACAAUUGAUCUGAUUGGUUACAGAUACAUUUAAACAAUACACAAUUGAUCUGAUUGGUUACAGAUACGUUUAAACAAUACACACUUGAUCUGAUUGGUCACAGAUACGUUUAAACAAUACACAAUUGAUCUGAUUGGCAGAUAAGAACAAAGGGGUUAAAAAUCAGACUUAUAUUCAAUAUUGGUUGUAAUAUUGGUGAGUGACUAAGCAGAAUUUCGAUGGUUCUUCACUAAAUGACAUAUGUGCCUCAGUGUGAUUAUCUUGGUACCUAUUUGUACUUUUUAACGUAACAGAAUGUGUAGUACACAUUGUCAGGUCGUUCUGGGUUAACUCUUUGGUUCAAGUUUAUCUAUAUGGAAAGUGUACAUUUGUACUGACAAUAAAUCAAGAGAUAGGACGAGGUA